CUCUACUUGGAAGCACACCAGCUGGGAACCUCCACCUUUCUGCAGCAGUGUACCUGAGUGGUGCAUCUUUUCCAAAAAUCGCAAGGGUCUUCACGGCAAUGCAGCUGCAGUCAUAUCAAUAUGACACUUUUCGCCGACAUGCCAGAGCCGUCAUUGAACCUGCAGUCAUUCACCACUGGAAAACAUCACAGGAUGCGAUGCUGGAGCGGCUCAGUCAGGAGAGCAAAGUAAUACUUGGUGGUGACAUGAGGGCUGACUCUCCGGGGCAUUCUGCAAAGUUUGGGAGUUACACUGUGAUGGACCUAAGUACAAACACAGUUGUGGACAUCCAGUUGGUUCAGAGCAAUGAAGUUGGUGGUAGUUACCACAUGGAGAAAGAGGGCCUGGUGAGGAGUCUGGCAUUGCUGGAAGCACGUGGUGUGACUCUUGAUUGCAUAGUCACAGACCGUCAUCCACAAAUUCAGAAGUUUCUCAGGGACAGAAACAUCACCCAAUACUACGAUGUCUGGCACAUGGCAAAAGGAAUUUCAAAAAAACUGGAGAAAAUCAGUAAGCAGAAAGGGUGUGAGAAACUUCAGAAGUGGUUGAAAAGCAUAAACAACCACAUUUACUGGACUGCGGCUACCUCAACCACUGGGCCUGAGAGAGUGGCAAAGUGGACCUCUAUCGUGAACCAUGUGCAAAACAUACACACACAUGAGGAUCCUCUUUUCCCCAAAUGCCUGCAUGACGCCCGGCAGACACGGGACAAGAAGAAAUGGCUCCAACCAGCAACUCCACCAUUCUACAAGAUGUUUCCAAACUAA